AAAAAAAGUUCCAACCAAAAACAACAUGGUGGAAGCGGUGGGUGGCUUGUCACUCUUGCCAAGAAAACAAAUAAUUUAAUUAAAUAGAGAGAAAACAAACUACAUCAUGUCCUCCACGGAGCCCUCUCAAAAUAAAACAUGGGAACUCUCCCUAUACGAACUACAUCGUAUGCCACAAGAAGUGAUAGUGGAUGCUACAGAGAUCGCUGUCUCGCCACGAAGUCUGCACAGCGAAUUGAUGUGUCCUAUUUGUUUGGACAUGCUCAAGAAGACGAUGACGACGAAAGAGUGCCUACACAGGUUCUGCUCAGACUGCAUAGUUACUGCCCUACGUUCUGGCAAUAAGGAAUGUCCGACGUGCCGCAAGAAAUUGGUUUCAAAGAGGUCCUUACGACCUGAUCCUAACUUCGAUUUGCUGAUUUCGAAGAUUUACCCUAGUAGGGACGAAUACGAGGCUCAUCAGGAGCGUUUGUUAACAAAAUUGAGCAUGUCACACUCACAAGCAUCGCUUGUGAACUCUAUAACAGAAGGCAUCAAGCUCCAGUCUCAAAAUAGGCCUCAAAGGUCUAGAAAAAAUCAUGAUGAUAAUAGUAAUCCUUCUAAUUCGAAUGGUAACACGGAAUCUCAGAAUGGAAGCAGUACAUCUGCUCCUAAAGAUAGCACUUCAACAAAUCCUGGGGCAGGUAAUCCUACUCCUCCGAGUCAAUCCACGUCAAAUCCAGCUUCCGUGAGGAGUACACCCUCACCAGUGCUAUCCAAUGUCAGUUCAAUGUCAAAAAACACCAGCACCACUAAAAGAGCUAAGUCUGUUAUAACAUCAGAACAUAGUGAAAGUGAAUCUAGUGAUGGAAGGACUGAGGGAGAAAAUUCUAUGGACACAGAAGGUGAAGGGGAGCCUUUAAACCCAAAUGAAAUAGAGUUGGUGUUCAAACCUCAUCCGACUGAGAUGACUGGAGACAAUUCACUCAUGAGGGCUCUCCGAGAUAGCUCUGUCAGAUAUUUGAAGACCACCGCCAAUGCUUCAGUGGAUCACCUCAGUAAAUACCUAGCCAUGCGUCUGACACUUGACCUUGACGCAGAACUGCCUGAAGCAUACCGCCUUCUGAACUUCUGCAUUUAUGUCGCUCCGUCACCCGGCCAGUUUGUACCAUUGGCCGGUUCUCAGACGCUGAGACAAAUCAAUGAUAAGUUCUGGAAGGUACCUACAGUUGUUAACAAACCAUUAGAAAUGUACUACUCAUGGAAGAAAACCUAGAAGUAGAUAACAUUUUAGUUAUGUUUAACUAAAAUGGGAAGUGAUAAUGGUAACUAAUUAAUUAAUUAAUAAUUAUAACAAUUAAAAGUGAGACAUGGACUCUGAAAUUCCAAUAUAAAUGAUAUAAUUUUAUAAUUCAUGAGAUUAGGAAAAUUGAUUUUUAAUUGUAUCUCGGUUCAAUGUGUAUUGAACAUAUUUUAACAAUGAACUUAAGGCCUAAUUCUUAAAAACAUUGUAAUGUAUUAUUUGAAGUGUGGGAUAUAACAGAUUUAUUACAAUGCUUUUAAGUAUUUAGCCAAAAAAAUUGUACAUGUUGUAUGUAAUCAAUAAUUUAGUACUAUAAGAAUGAAGACAGAUCUAUAGCUAAUGUGCUAUGCUAAGAACAUAAUAUGAAAUGUAAUUUAUAUGAGAAUGUACAAUGAAUGUGCAAUUAAUAAAUAUCAAAUACCUUUU